UCCCCUCAGACGGGGCGAGGGCGGCGAUGGCGCGUCCGGCGGAGGCGGCUGCGGGCGCCGCUCCGGCCCCUCCGGCCCCUCGGUCCCCUGGCCGCGGCCGGGGCUGUGAGUAGGGCCCGCACAGACAUGAGGCAUCUAUUAACAAGCUAAAAGUGACAAAACCAUGGCUCAGUUUCCAACACCUUUUGGGGGCAACCUGGAUAUCUGGGCUAUUACUGUGGAGGAGAGAGCAAAGCAUGAUCAACAGUUCCAUAGUCUGAAACCAACUGCUGGAUUUAUCACUGGUGAUCAAGCCAGGAACUUUUUUUUCCAGUCUGGGUUACCUCAGCCAGUGCUAGCACAGAUAUGGGCUCUAGCUGACAUGAACAAUGAUGGGAGGAUGGAUCCCUUGGAGUUUUCCAUAGCUAUGAAACUCAUCAAGCUGAAGCUCCAGGGGUACCAGCUCCCGGCCACGCUGCCGCCCGUCAUGAAGCAGCCACCCCUCGCCCUGCCCGGUGCCCCAGGAUUUGGUCUCGGGGGCAUUGCCAACAUGCCAUCCCUCUCCACUGUGGCCACAGUGCCCAUGGCAUCCAUCCCAGUCGUGGGGAUGUCCCCCCCACUGGUGUCCUCUGUCCCCGCCGCCGUCCCUCCCCUGGCUAACGGAGCUCCUGCUGUCAUCCAGCCCCUGCCUGCUUUCGCUCACCCCGCCACUUUGCCAAAGAGUUCUUCCUUCAGCCGCUCGGGGCCGGGAGCUCAGCUCAAUGCAAAGCUGCAAAAGGCACAAUCCUUCGACGUGGCCAGCUCUCCUGCCGUGGCAGAGUGGGCUGUGCCUCAGUCCUCACGGCUCAAGUACCGGCAGCUCUUCAACAGCCACGACAAAACCAUGAGUGGACACUUGACAGGUCCCCAGGCAAGAACGAUUCUUAUGCAGUCAAGUUUACCCCAGGCUCAGCUGGCUACAAUAUGGAAUCUCUCUGACAUUGAUCAAGAUGGGAAGCUGACAGCUGAGGAGUUUAUCCUGGCUAUGCACCUCAUUGAUGUAGCAAUGUCUGGUCAGCCACUGCCACCUGCCCUGCCCCCUGAGUACAUCCCACCUUCCUUCAGAAGAGUCCGCUCUGGCAGUGGAGUUUCUGCUGCCAGUUCAGUGUCUGUAGACCAAAGGUUACCAGAAGAACCAGCAUUGGAAGAAGAACAGCAGCAACUGGAAAAGAAAUUACCAGUGACGUUUGAGGACAAGAAACGGGAGAACUUUGAGCGGGGUAACCUGGAGCUGGAGAAGCGCAGGCAGGCACUGCUGGAGCAGCAGCGCAAGGAGCAGGAGCGGCUGGCCCAGCUGGAGAGGGCUGAGCAGGAGAGGAAGGAGCGAGAGCGGCAGGAGCAGGAGCGCAAGCGGCAGCUGGAGCUGGAGAAACAGCUGGAGAAACAGCGGGAGCUGGAGCGGCAGCGCGAGGAGGAGAGGAGGAAGGAAAUUGAGAGGAGAGAGGCUGCCAAACGGGAGCUGGAGAGGCAGAGGCAGCUGGAGUGGGAGCGCAACCGGCGGCAGGAGCUGCUGAACCAGAGGAACAAGGAGCAGGAGGACAUCGUGGUGCUGAAGGCAAAGAAGAAAACCCUGGAAUUUGAACUGGAAGCUCUUAAUGAUAAGAGAAAUCAGUUGGAGGGGAAGCUUCAGGAUAUCAGGUGUCGGCUGUCGACCCAAAGACAAGAAAUUGAAAGUACAAAUAAAUCCAGAGAGCUCAGAAUUGCAGAAAUCACCCAUUUGCAGCAGCAGCUACAGGAGUCCCAGCAGAUGCUGGGCAGGCUGAUUCCAGAGAAGCAGCUGCUGAAUGAUCAGCUCAAGCAAGUCCAGCAGAACAGUUUGCACAGGGAUUCCCUUCUCACCAUCAAAAGAGCCUUGGAAGCCAAGGAACUGGCACGGCAGCAGCUCCGGGACCAGCUGGAUGAGGUGGAGAAAGAAACCAGAUCUAAACUGCAGGAAAUUGAUAUUUUCAAUAAUCAGCUGAAGGAGCUGAGAGAAAUCCAUAACAAACAGCAGCUCCAGAAGCAGAAGAGCUUGGAAGCUGAGAGGUUGAAACAGAAGGAACAGGAAAGGAAGACAGUGGAGCUGGAAAAGCAAAAAGAAGCUCAGAGGCGGAUCCAGGACAAACCGCGGCCGGAGGAAGAAGCACAGUGGCAAAAAAAAAUCCCAGAAGAUGACAAACAAAAAAGGGAAGAACUCCCCAGGAAGAAGGAAAGUGAGGAUAAGGGGAAACAGGAAAUGCAGGAGAAGCUGAGUAAACUCUUCCAGCCCCACCAGGAGCCGAACAAGCCCGGCCAGGCUCCGUGGUCCAACGCAGAGAAAGCUCCUCUAACCAUUUCUGCUCAGGAGGAUGUAAAAAUAGUGUAUUAUAGAGCUCUGUAUCCUUUUGAAUCCAGAAGCCACGAUGAGAUCACCAUCCAGCCUGGAGACAUCGUCAUGGUGGAUGAAAGCCAGACUGGAGAGCCAGGGUGGCUUGGUGGAGAGCUGAAGGGGAAAACUGGAUGGUUCCCUGCCAACUACGCAGAGAAAAUUCCGGACAGUGAAGUUCCAACCUCUGCCAAGCCCACAGCCGAGCCCUCUGCAGCUCCCAAAGUGGCUGUGCAGGAAAGCUCCACUGCCCUGGCAGCUCCUGCCCCUCCAGAGGCUCCUGCAGCAGCCAACAACUGGGCAGACUUCAGCUCCACGUGGCCAACAAACACCAGUGAGAAGCCAGAGAGUGAUAACUGGGAUGCCUGGGCAGCUCAGCCUUCCCUGACCGUGCCCAGCGCGGGGCAGCUCCGGCAGCGCUCGGCCUUCACUCCUGCCACUGUCACAGGCUCGUCCCCCUCCCCUGUCCUGGGCCAGGGUGAAAAAGUGGAGGGGCUUCAAGCACAAGCUCUGUAUCCUUGGAGAGCAAAGAAGGACAACCACCUGAACUUCAACAAGAACGAUGUGAUCACAGUGCUGGAGCAGCAGGACAUGUGGUGGUUUGGGGAGGUGCAGGGACAGAAGGGCUGGUUUCCCAAAUCCUAUGUCAAGCUCAUUUCAGGCCCCAUUAGGAAAUCCACCAGCAUGGAUUCUGGUUCCUCAGAAAGUCCUGCUAGUCUGAAAAGAGUAGCAUCCCCAGCAGCCAAGGCAGCGAUGUCAGGGGAAGAGUACAUUGCCAUGUACACCUACGAGAGCUCGGAGCAGGGAGACCUCACUUUCCAACAAGGUGACCUGAUCCUGGUGACAAAGAAAGAUGGUGACUGGUGGACGGGAACGCUGGGUGAUAAAUCAGGAGUUUUCCCAUCUAAUUAUGUGAGACUCAAAGAUUCUGAGGCUCCAGGAGCAGCUGGGAAAACAGGAAGCUUAGGGAAGAAACCUGAAAUUGCCCAAGUUAUUGCUUCUUACACAGCAACAGGCCCAGAACAGCUGACUCUUGCUCCUGGCCAGUUGAUCCUCAUCAGAAAGAAGAAUCCAGGUGGUUGGUGGGAAGGAGAGCUCCAAGCGCGGGGCAAGAAGCGCCAGAUCGGCUGGUUCCCCGCCAACUACGUCAAACUGCUGAGCCCUGGCACCAGCAAGAGCACCCCCACCGAGCUGCCCAGGCCUGCAGCAGCCUCAGUGUGCCAGGUGAUCGGAAUGUACGACUACAGCGCGCAGAACGACGACGAGCUGGCCUUCAACAAGGGCCAGAUCAUCACCGUGCUCAACAGGGAGGACCCCGACUGGUGGAAGGGGGAGGUCAACGGCCACGUGGGGCUGUUCCCAUCCAACUACGUGAAGCUGACCACGGACACGGACCCGAGCCAGCAGUGGUGUGCAGACCUGCACCUGCUGGACAUGCUGACCCCCACCGAGAGGAAGAGGCAGGGCUACAUCCACGAGCUCAUCGUCACCGAGGAGAACUACGUCAAUGACCUGCAGCUGGUGACAGAGAUCUUCCAGAAACCACUGAUGGAGUCUGAGCUGGUCACAGAAAAAGAAGUUGCCAUGAUUUUUGUUAAUUGGAAGGAGCUGAUAAUGUGCAAUAUUAAACUACUGAAGGCCCUUCGGGUGAGGAAGAAGAUGUCUGGGGAGAAGAUGCCGGUGAAGAUGAUCGGGGACAUCCUGACAGCGCAGCUGCCCCACAUGCAGCCCUACAUCAGGUUCUGCAGCUGCCAGCUCAACGGGGCCGCCCUCAUCCAGCAGAAAACGGAUGAAGUGCCCGACUUCAAGGAGUUUGUCAAGAGGUUAGCAAUGGAUCCUCGCUGUAAAGGAAUGCCACUAUCAAGUUUUCUACUAAAGCCUAUGCAACGGGUAACCAGAUACCCACUAAUAAUUAAAAAUAUAAUAGAGAACACCCCCGAGAACCACCCUGACCACAGCCACCUGAAGCACGCCCUGGAGAAGGCGGAGGAGCUGUGCUCGCAGGUGAACGAGGGCGUGCGGGAGAAGGAGAACUCGGACAGGCUGGAGUGGAUCCAGGCCCACGUGCAGUGCGAGGGGCUCUCCGAGGGCAGCCCCGAUUGUUUCACUUUAUACAGUGCGUUGUUGUUCUUCUUCUACUUUUCGCAGCAACUCGUUUUUAAUUCAGUUACAAACUGCUUGGGACCACGCAAGUUCCUGCACAGUGGGAAGCUCUAUAAAGCCAAGAGUAACAAGGAGCUGUAUGGUUUUCUCUUCAACGACUUCCUCCUCCUCACUCAGAUCAUAAAACCUCUUGGCUCUUCUGGCACAGACAAGGUCUUCAGCCCCAAGUCCAACCUGCAAUACAAAAUGUACAAAACUCCCAUUUUCCUAAACGAGGUACUGGUAAAAUUACCCACAGACCCUUCUGGAGAUGAGCCCAUCUUCCACAUCUCCCACAUUGACAGAGUCUACACGCUCCGGGCCGAAAGCAUUAAUGAAAGGACUGCCUGGGUUCAGAAGAUCAAAGCUGCUUCAGAACUUUACAUAGAGACUGAGAAGAAGAAGAGGGAAAAGGCCUACUUAGUUCGCUCUCAGAGAGCAACAGGCAUCGGGAGGCUGAUGGUGAACGUUGUUGAAGGCAUUGAACUGAAGCCCUGCAGGUCCCAUGGAAAGAGCAACCCCUACUGCGAGGUGACCAUGGGCUCUCAGUGCCACAUCACCAAGACCAUCCAGGACACCCUCAAUCCCAAGUGGAAUUCCAACUGCCAGUUCUUCAUCAAGGACCUGGAGCAGGACGUGCUGUGCAUCACGGUGUUCGAGCGGGACCAGUUCUCCCCGGAUGACUUUUUGGGCAGGACAGAGAUCCGUGUGGCAGACAUCAAGAAGGAUCAGGGUUCCAAGGGACCAGUUACAAAGUGUCUCCUCCUGCACGAAGUCCCCACGGGAGAGAUCGUGGUGCGCCUGGACCUGCAGCUGUUCGAUGAGCCUUAGGAGAGAGAGCGGCCGGUGUCGGAAUUCAGCCAGAGGUCACUGCAGGAGGUGUCUGCAGAAGCUGUCACCGAGUCCUUGCUGGUGUGGCAUGAAACUACUGCUCGCCCUUCACACGUCAGAGGGUUAUCAAAGCAAACAGGAGCAUCUUUGUGCCUUGAUAAUUCUCACUGAACACAUGAAUCCCAAUUUGGUGAGGAGAUCUCUGUCAAUCUCUCUGUGUGGAACUUGGCGUUGCUUUCCUGGGCUGGUGAAACAAUCCUGUUGUUCCCUGCGCCGCAGUCAGGAGGGCUGGCAAACCACAUGGGUGGUUCUGCUUUCUCCAGUUGCCCUGCUCUUUAAUUCCCAUGGAGGAGGCAGUGUGGGUGUGUUUUGGAGGCUUUCUGAGGGUUUUCCCCCUUCAGGAGUUCUGUGCCUAUUGCUCAGCAGAGUGGUGUGUAAAUGUGAGUGAAUGGAAGGAGCGGUCCGCAGCAAGAUCUGCAAAGAUCUUCACGAUGGUACUGAAAAGACUUAGAAAAUAAAUAGUCUAUAUCUAUAAACAGAGAAGAUUCUAUUAACAUACCACUUCAUGACUCGUGUUGCCCCUGAAAAUAGAAGAUGUCCAGGCCUUCUGCACAGAGGUGAACGGCGCUCCAACCCCCGGUCUCUUUGGGAGUCGCUGCUGUCCCCAGGAGUGUCGGUGCUGGUGCUGGGGCAGGGAGCCGAGGGUGAGGCCCAGAGCCCUGCUGGGUGCCGUGGGUGACUCCUGGCUGCUGCUGCUCCAGGGGCCAGCGGCACCUGCCCUGGGGGAGAAGAAACCAGCUCCGUGGUCAUGGCUCCAGCGAAGUUCCAGCCUGCAGAGCCGGGUGUGCGGGGCAGUCUGUGAUGCCCAGGCAGGGAGCUGAGCCCUGCUCACCUUGUACAGCCCCGUCCUGCAGCUUCCCAGGGAACCCAAAGCCAUCGGGGGAAUGCCAGGGCUCUCCAUCCUUUUCACCCCAUGGAUAACAAGGUCCAGGCCCACAUCCCUGUUUGGCAAAGCUCCCGGCUCCGGGCGGGCACCGACAUCUGUGUGAGUGCUCUGCUGAGUCUGGACUCGGGGGACAAAAGAUCCCUGAGAGUCAAAUUCCUCUUUGUUCUGCUUGGAUUCCUUUUGUUCAUGCCCUGCCACGCAUCCACUGGUAUUUUUGUAAGGACUUCAUUCCGGAUGGGAGGUGCCGGCCCGUGUCAUUCGCAUGUGAACGUUCUCGUGGAGCUGUUGUUAGGUUUCGGUGUUCCUUGCAUGUCCUUUCAGUACUGGUUCCCACCUCUCCUGUGUCGGCGGUGUUCUCUAGCACUCCAAGUCUUAUUGGUUUCCAUUAGGAAAUUAGGAUAUAUCCAUAACAGGUAGGUAGAUCCGUAUGGUAAUAAGUGUAAACUGUGCUGGGAAGUGUCUGUGUAUUAUAAUUUCCUAAAAGACCACUGUAAUGUUUCAAGCAAUGGGAAGGAAAAAAAAUGUAUGUUGGAGGGACAACAAAGUUUACAUUUCAUACUUUUCAGAAUCGCUUUAUUAUUUAUUUAUUGAAGAUAGUGUAGAAUUUUGUAUCAGAAAUGACAGACAUACUUAUGUAUUUUUUGAAACAAAACAGAGAUACACACUUUAGUUAGAAACUUUCAACUGACCACAUUUUAGAGGGAGUGUGACUUCCUAGGCAUGCAUUUGUUUACCACUAACUGGCUGAAAACACAGUUAAGAGAACUUUAAGUUUCUAUUUUUCAAUGUUGUUAAGAAAAUUGUUUCAAUUAAAAUAUGUAAAUAGUACUAAACCCAUGCUUUCCUAAUUCCAUAUCAAUACAUUUUAUUAAAUAUAAUGUAUAUGAAAAUACACAUUGUUGUGGUAGGAUAAAAAAAAGUGAUAAAAAUCUAUUACUGGAGUACCAUUAAAUGUCAUUGUCUAACCUUU